ACAACAAUUGGCUAUCUCCAUUUAGUCUUUCUCUCAAUAGUCAAGUCCUAUCUCCAUUGCAUUUCCUCUUUCUCCAGUCUCAACCGACUAACUAAAUCCCAAAUCCCAAAUCGCACCACUACCCGCUAGGAGUUUGAUUCUCCCUGCAUCAGGUUCUCUCAAUCUCUCAUUCCAUCGUCCCAACUUAUUUUCUUCUUCUUCUUCUUAUUCCGUUCAUUCCAUCAGGUUCUGCAUCAGGUUCAAUUCAUUCCUUCCCAAUACAAACCGAUUCAUCAGGUAAUUUCAACAAGUAAUAACCAAGUGGAUGUUUGAUUCAUAUUUUCUGAUACUCUUGUACUUAAAAAGAAAAUGUUCGAUUUGUAAAUUCUCCUGUAGGUUCCAGGGUAUUCUACAUUGAGGCGAAAUCUUCUACUUCUUUCUCCUCGCAGAUGAUGGUUGCUAUUCUACUCAGCUUAUAGAUGGAGAUGGUGUAUUCAAUGUCACUGGAAUUGACAGUUUCAUCAAGGAGGUAAAGUUGGCUGAAUGCGGUUUGUCGUACGCGGUUGUCUCCAUUAUGGGUCCACAAAGUAGUGGAAACAGUACUUUAUUGAAUAAUUUAUUCAACACCAACUUCAAAGAGAUGGAUGCUUUUAGGGGAAGGUCUCAAACUACUAAAGGUAUUUGGUUAGCGAAAUGUGCCGGUAUCGAGCCCUGUACAGUUGUUAUGGAUUUAGAGGGAACAGAUGGAAGAGAAAGAGGAGAGGAUGAUACAGCAUUUGAGAUGCAGAGUGCUCUUUUUGCUCUUGUUGUUUCAGAUAUUUGAGCACUUAGAUAUAUAACUCUGGGAAACAUAACUAAAUAAAUAUCACUGUGGGUCUAUUUGCGGGGAAUAGUGGUAAUAAGGAAUUGGCGAAGAGCCCAAUCGAGAUGGAAAAGAUCAAGUCGGAGUUGUUGAAGGAAGCGGUGGAAUUGAGCAGAAUCACUGCUGGGGAAGCUCAAUCGAGCCCAAUUGGUAAGGUCAGCUAUAAGCACAGAGCUUGCAAAUUUCAAAAGAGAAAAGGAGGAGGCUGACUUCAGGAAAGAAAGGGCUGAAGUUUUCUCUUUGGUCAGGUUAUUGAGCUCCUCUCUCGAGCUGACGCAGCUAGGGAGUAUGAAGCAAUACGAACAGCGAGUUCAGGCCAUUGAGAGAUAUAAUUCAAGAGAAGAAUACAUUUUACCACUUAAUGCUUUUCUUUGUUGCAUAAAUGGAACUGUGAUGACUAAUCCUGUCAGCCUUUGUACUGGCACUACAUGUGAGAGAGCUGCCAUUGCAGAUUGGUUUGAGAGUGGUAAGAGAACAGACCCUCAUACUAAAAUUUUAACACUUACGUAUAAACUACUAAACCCGCCUCUAAGUUAAGUGCAUGCAUACUUCAGCUUGGCAUAAAAAAAUUAAAUCCAGAUACUUAUAUGUAAAGGUAAUGGAGAGUUCAGUUAUAUGUAGAUCCAAAACGAAUGAUAAGUUCAAAGUACAAUCAAUACACUAUUCAAGCAGCUGAACUAAUGGAAGAGUAGGGAGAAGUUUCACUAUACUCUUUUUAGUUUUUCAAAUAAUAUUCCAUAUAUUAGGACUUUUUUAAUAA